AUUAUACUGUUGACUCAAGGUGCCACCGGAACUUUUGUUAGUACAUCCAACCUAAAUGUAAAGUUUUUCAAGCCUAUACUUUACUGGGUUCGUUAUGGCACGUACUUGUGUAUGGAAGACGGUUCUCCAUGUGCAAUCUAUUUGCCAACUUGCGAAGCACUAUCUUUCCAAGGAACCACUCCGUUGUGUAGAAAGAUUUGUUUCUUUUCAACAUUCAUUACUCAACACCUUGGCCGUUCCUUAACAUCACUGUCUUCUCAUCUCAUCGGUACUUCUUUCGCUUUGCUUGCGAAACGCCAACAUGAAGUUGACAUUCGUCGCCGUUCUCGCAAUUGCUGCCAGCUUAGUCCCGGGUGCAUAUAUCAACGGUAGACUCACCAAUAGUACAAUUGACAAUCAAUCCUCCAAUGAUACUGCCGUUCAAAACCAACCUGCCGGUAUUCCAGAAGAUGGCCCUUCAAAUAUAAACAAUCAGAUGGAAAGCUCUGGCCUGGACAGGUCUACCACCGCAAGUGAGGCCAUAAAAUAUGGAGCGGAAGUUAUAGAACAUAUUAUAGAAGAUAUAGCAGAAGACAUUGCAGAAGAAAUUGAAGACGAAUUCACCGAUGAUACCGACAGUACACCCCUCUCGCCCGGUAGACUCUGCUCCAAGCGCCGCAAACCUCGAUGCUGCGAAAAGGGCGGAAGAAUUUAUAGAGAUGGAUGCGAACGUUGUACGUCAUUCGUCACUCCAUCUUGUAUGCCCUUUCCAAUAGAAUAAUACUAACAGUAUCUUAGUCUCACAAGAAUCACUUCCCGUCAACCGCGAUGAAUUUCGAAGCACAUGUACAGAAAUGGGAAAGAGGGCUAUGUGCUGUGCUAAUACCAUUGAUAUGGUACGUUGUAGAUAUAGACACAAACUCCUAUCUACCCUACCGCAAAUUGUCUUCCUAUCUCAGGACAUUGGCUUAUCAUAUCCAUUUAUAUUCAUAGGCACAAAUAGGAUUCCGCUGCCGAAGAGCAAGAAAGUGAGCGGGUAUGAAAAUCUAUCCAUGAGUUUAGGUGUAGGUAUAAAUAGGCGUCUAAAAUAGAACAGCUCUCUCGUACCAUAACGGAAAAUCUAUUAGGACUUCCUAUCUAUAUCGCAAGAGACUUAAUGGAGAAAUAUUCACAUAAUGCCUUCGUUGUUCUCCAAGUAUUAGACACGACUCACCAUCACAUGGAGUAGAGAGUUGUUCCCAGUCGCAAGAUUUCAAAGCAGGAUUUCCCAUCUUAUUUAUUGCCAUUUCUGACAUUCAUCUCAACCCUAAUCCGAAUCUAUCUCUCUCCGCCUCUUUUUUCGCUUCAAUUUCCUUUCAUAAUUAACCUGAU